UUUUGAGCCUCCGAGGGUAAAAGCCAACCAUCAAGGCCAUUACGAGAGAGAGAGAGAGAGAGAGUGUAGAGCAAUGCCGGCGGGUCACGGAGUAAGGUCGAGGACAAGGGAUCUGUUCGCACGACCCUUCAGAAAGAAGGGUUACAUCCCUUUAACUACGUAUCUGAGGACCUUCAAGAUCGGUGAUCAUGUUGAUGUCAAGGUAAACGGCGCCAUUCACAAGGGUAUGCCUCACAAGUUCUACCAUGGCCGCACUGGUCGUAUUUGGAACGUCACCAAACGUGCCAUUGGUGUUGAGAUCAACAAACAGGUUGGGAACAGGAUUAUUAGGAAGAGAAUUCAUGUCCGAGUGGAACAUGUUCAGCCAUCAAGGUGUAGGGAAGAGUUUGAACAGAGGAAAAUCCAGAAUGAUAAGCUGAAGGCAGAGGCAAAAGCUCGUGGCGAAACGAUUACUACAAAAAGACAACCUAAAGGACCUAAGCCUGGGUUUAUGGUGGAGGGUGCUACUCUAGAGACUGUUACUCCUAUUCCAUACGAUGUCGUCAAUGACCUUAAGGGUGGCUACUGAUUAUUUAUUGUAUUUUUGCAUUUUGUUUCAUUGUCUUUUGGAUUUUUGUUUCCAAUUAGUGUUUUUGUUUUUGAAUCCAAAGAGAACAUAGAUGUGUACCUCUCUUUUGGUGAUGAGUUUUAUGUGGUGAUUAUUACCACUUCAUUUGAGAUUUUGGACUCCAACUUUUAUUAGUCUUGAUGAUAAUUACUGUGGUGUUAGAUUCAA